UAUCUCUGCUUUCCGUGCCAUUCAUUUGCAGCGCAGCCGCUUAUUACGCGCACUGGUGCGUACAUGAGAUAAGAGUCUGACAGUCAACCCGGGAAGAGAGCAGAAGCAACCGGACAGAGUCCUACCAGCCGGUAAACUCUCUCAGACUCAGACGGGACAGUUGGAGCCUUUUGGCGCACAGACAGCAGCGCAGUUAGACUUGGACCUGACGCUGCACCAACCUGCAAACUGCCAAACAUGGAGCGCAAAAUCCCAGACUUCGCCGGCACUUGGGAGAUGAAGAGCUCUGAAAACUUCGAGGAGCUCUUGAAAGCUCUCGGCGUCAACGUGAUGCUGCGUAAGAUCGCGGUGAAGGCGGCGUCCAAACCACUGGUGGAGAUCACGCAGGACGGCGAGACGCUGUCCAUCAAAACCUCGACCACCGUCCGGACCACCCACAUCACAUUCACCGUGGGCCAGGAGUUCAACGAGACCACGGUGGACGGACGUCCCUGCACGAGUUUUCCACGCUGGGAAACGGACAGCAAGAUCAGCUGCGAGCAGACUCUGCAGAAGGGAGAAGGUCCGAAGACGUCCUGGACCCGAGAGCUCACCGGCGAGGGCAAACUGAUCCUGACCAUGAGAGCAGACGACGUGAUUUGCACCAGAAUCUACGAGCGACAAUGAACAAGAGCACUUCCCACUUUUCCUCUCCUGCGUCAUCACAUCUGUCGCCUUCUUCCUGUCAGCUUCGCCGUUGCGUCACACCUGUACCCAACACGUCACAUGCACGCCGUAGUCUUAGCUCCUCCUCCUCCUCGUCCUCCUCGUUGUCCUUCCAGCCCCUCUGCAGACGCAUUUCAGUUUCAAACAUGUCAAAUGUGUCGAUGCGCGUGUGUGUUUGCGUGUAUGCGAGCGUGUGUGUGUGUGUGUUUAUCUGUCGUAAAAACCAAAUCUACGAGCUCUUCAGGUCAGUUUUGAUGUUUUUUCCCCACCUGCCCUGCAAUUUUUUCUAUCUCACAUUUUAUAUUUAUUACUACACUAGUUUUUACUUUGUGUCUCUUUGUACCGAAAAAAAAAAGAAAUUAAAAGAAAAAAAAAAAAGAAUGUGACCACAGGAAAACAACACUUUCACAAUAAAAGCCACGAUAUGAACUCGACUCUGCGGCUCUGACUG